GGGUUGUUUAUUGACGUGGCACAAAAGCUCUCUGCGUGGCUGCUGGAGAAAAGAAAGCAGGCAGAAGUGUGGAGUUUUGGACCGGCGUUGGUGAAAAUGGCGUUGAAUCUGACUAUCAACUCCAGCAAUCCACCUUUAGGGGCACUGUUGGCAGCUGAACAUGUGAAGGGGACUGUCAAAGUGUCUGUGGAAGAGGGCAAAGACAACAAACUUCAUGUGUCCGAGGAGGUGCAGUUUAAUGAUGUCAACUCCAUCUCCCGCUACCUGGCCAGGGUGGCACCUAGCUUGGGCCUCUACGGCUCCAGCAUGCUGGAACAGACUGAGGUGGACCAUUGGCUGGAGUUCAGUGGUCAGCGUGUGUGCGGGCAGGCCAAGCUGGGCCCUGCGCUGGCUGAGCUGGACAAGGCUCUGGCUCUCAGGACAUUCUUGGUGGGCCACAACCUCACACUGGCUGACCUGUGUGUGUGGGCCGCCCUGAAGGGAAGUGGAGAGUGGCAGGCCAUCAUGUCUAAGGGUGGCUCGUUCCCCCACGUGUGCCGCUGGUUCUCCUUCCUCAGCUCUCAGGUCCCCUUCGCCUCCAUUGGCAACAAGUGGGCUACCACCAAGAUGGCCGCCAACAAAGCUACUGAGGAGAGGGGAGAGAAGAAGGCGGACGUGGGGAAGUUUGUGGAGCUGCCUGGUGCCGAGAUGGGAAAGGUGGUGGUCCGCUUCCCUCCAGAGGCUAGCGGGUACCUCCAUAUCGGCCAUGCCAAAGCCGCCCUCCUCAACCAGCACUACCAGGUGUCCUUCAAGGGCAAGCUUAUCAUGCGCUUCGACGACACCAACCCCGAGAAGGAGAAGGAGGACUUUGAGAAGGUGAUUCUGGAGGAUGUGGCGAUGCUGCAGAUCAAGCCUGACCAGUUCACCUACACCAGUGACCACUUUCCCGCCAUCGAGCGCCUGGCCGAGCAGAUGCUGAAGGAGGGGCGGGCCUACAUCGACGACACGCCCCCCGAGCAGAUGAAGCAGGAGCGUGAGCAGAGGGUGGAGUCUCACAACCGCAGCAACUCGGUGGAGAAGAACAUGCAGAUGUGGGAGGAGAUGAAGAAUGGGACGGAGUACGGCCAGACGUGCUGCAUGCGGGCCAAGAUGGACAUGAGCUCCAACAACGGUUGCAUGCGCGACCCCACACUCUACCGCUGCAAGAACCAGCCCCACCCACGCACCGGCACCACCUACAGGGUGUACCCCACAUACGACUUUGCGUGCCCCAUCGUGGACAGCGUUGAGGGCGUGACGCACGCACUGCGUACGACGGAGUACCACGACCGCGACGACCAGUACUACUGGCUGAUCGAGGCGCUGCGUCUGCGCAAGCCCCACAUCUGGGAGUACGCACGCCUCAACCUCAACAACACCGUGCUCUCCAAGAGGAAGCUCACCUGGUUUGUCAACGAGGGAUACGUCGAUGGAUGGGACGACCCCCGCUUCCCCACUGUGAGAGGAGUACUGCGCCGAGGAAUGACUGUGGAGGGCCUCAAACAGUUUAUCGCUGCUCAGGGAGGUUCCAGGUCUGUGGUCAACAUGGAGUGGGACAAGAUCUGGGCCUUCAACAAAAAGGUGAUCGAUCCAGUAGCUCCACGCUUCACGGCCCUGGCCGAGUCCCAGGUGGUGCCCAUCACCAUCCCGGAGGCCAAGGAGGAGAUGAAGGAGGCUGCCAAACACCCCAAGAAUGCUGAGGUGGGCAUGAAGACGGUGUGGUACGGGCCUAAGGUGUAUGUAGAGGGAGCCGACGCAGAGACCUUCACAGAGGGAGAGAUGGUCACCUUCAUCAACUGGGGAAACAUCAUCAUCACCAAGAUACACAGGGACGGCAGUGGCGCGGUGUCUUCUCUGGAGGGCCGUCUGAACCUGGAGAACACGGACUACAAGAAGACCACCAAGAUCACCUGGCUGGCAUCCACCCCCCGCGCCCCCCUGGUGCCCACCGUCUGCGUCAACUACCAGCACCUCAUCAGCAAGCCCGUCAUGGGCAAGGACGACGACUUCAAAGACUACAUCAACAAGAACAGCAAGCUGGAGGAGAAGAUGCUGGGAGAUCCCUGCCUCAAGGAGCUGAAGAAGGGAGACAUCAUCCAGCUGCAGAGGAGGGGCUUCUUCAUCUGCGACCAGCCCUACGAGCCAAUCAGUCCUCACAGCUGUAAGGAGAGCCCGUGUGUGCUGUUCUACAUCCCCGACGGUCACGUGAAGGAGAUGCCCACCGCUGGCUCUAAGGACAAGAGCAAGGGCCAGGCUGCAGGCAAACCAGUGAAAGAAGAGAAGGCGAAGGGAGCCAAAUCUGCCCCAGCUGCCGCUGCCCCCGCCCCUGCCGCUGCCGCAGCAGACCCCGUAGCGGUGUUCAACCGCGUGGUGGCCCAGGGCGAUAUGGUUCGCCAGCUGAAGACGGACAAGGCUCCCAAAGAGCAGGUGGACGCCGCGGUCAAGCAGCUCCUGGCCCUCAAGGCAGAGUUCAAGCAGCUGACUGGCAAGGACUACAAGCCAGGCAUGGCCCCUCCCACUGCUGCCCCAGCCGCCCAAUCAGCCGCCCCCGCUCCCGUCGUCACGCAGGCUAGCCCCUCCGAUGCCGGAGCGUGUCCGUUUACACGUGUGGCCCAGCAGGGGGAGCUGGUGAGGAAGCUGAAGACUGCAAAGGCUCCCAAGCCUGAGAUCGACGCCGCUGUGAAGGAACUCCUGGCGAGGAAGGCGGAGUUUAAGCAGAUCACAGGUCAGGACUACAAACCUGAGAUGGCCCCACCUGCUGCCGCUGCUGCCCCCGCCCCCACUGCGACCCCCGCUCCCUCCGCAGCAGACGGCCCCUCCGCAGACGGCAACGGCAACGUCACUGUGCUCUACAACCGCGUGGCAGACCAGGGAGAGGUGGUCAGGAAACUCAAGACUGAGAAGGCUCCCAAGGACCAGGUGGAUGCAGCCGUGAAGCAGCUGCUGGCCCUGAAGACCGUCUUCAAGCAGCUGACCGGCCAGGAGUACAAGCCCGGAUCCCCUCCCGCCGUUGCUGCAAGCCCCGCCCCUGCCGCUGCUGCUGCUGCUGCCCCGACAACCGGCGGUGCCAACGCAGCGUACGAACGCGUAGCACAGCAGGGAGAGCUCGUCAGGAAACUCAAGACCGAGAAAGCACCCAAGGACCAGGUGGAUGCCGCAGUGAAACAGCUGCUGGCCCUGAAGGUGGAGUACAAGCAGCUCACUGGGCAGGACUACAAGCCUGGUGCACCCCCCGCCGCCUCCUCUGCCCCGGCUGCUGCCCCUGCUCCCACCCCCAGCCCUGGCCAGCCCAACUCCCCCCAGGCCCAGGCGCUCUUCAACCAGGUCGCCCAGCAGGGGGAGAUGGUGAGGAAACUGAAGGUGGAGAAGGCAGCUAAAGACCAGGUGGAUGCUGCAGUGAAGGUGUUGCUGGAGCUGAAGGGCCAGUACAAAGCCCUGACCGGCGUGGAGUACAAGCCAGUCACCACCCCCGGCGCCCCUGGUGGAGGACAGGAGAACAAGAGCCGCAAGGAGCAGGAGAACAAGUCCGAGAAGCAAGGAGGAGGAGGAGGAGGCAAGAAGAAGGGAGGAGACAAGGCAGCCGGGAACAAGGAGGGAGGUGCAGGAGCUGGAGGAGCAGGAGGAGGAGACGGAGGACCCAAGAAGCAGACACGGUUGGGGCUGGAGGCCAAGAAGGAGGAGAACUUGGCUGAUUGGUAUUCUCAGGUGAUCACGAAGGCGGAGAUGAUCGAGUACUACGACGUGAGUGGCUGCUACGUGCUGCGCCCGUGGUCCUUCGCCAUCUGGGAGGCCAUCAAGGACUUCUUCGAUGCAGAGAUCAAGAAGCUGGGCGUGGAGAACUGCUACUUCCCCAUGUUCGUCUCCCAGGCCGCCCUAGAGAAGGAGCAGUCCCACAUCGCAGACUUCGCCCCAGAGGUUGCCUGGGUAACGAGGUCAGGCAAGACCGAGCUGGCUGAGCCAAUUGCUGUGAGGCCCACCAGUGAAACAGUCAUGUAUCCCGCCUAUGCCAAGUGGGUCCAGUCACACAGGGACCUGCCCAUCAAACUCAACCAGUGGUGCAACGUAGUGCGUUGGGAGUUCAAGCACCCGCAGCCGUUCCUGAGGACCAGGGAGUUCCUGUGGCAGGAGGGCCACACGGCCUUCGCCACCAAGGAGGAGGCGGCCGAGGAGGUGCUCCAGAUCCUGGACCUGUAUGCGCGCGUCUACACCGACCUCAUGGCCAUCCCCGUGGUGAAGGGCCGCAAGACGGAGAAGGAGAAGUUCGCAGGAGGAGACUACACCACCACCGUGGAGGCCUUCAUCUCUGCUAGCGGCCGAGCCAUCCAGGGUGCAACAUCUCACCAUCUUGGCCAGAACUUCUCGCGUAUGUUCGAGAUCGUGUUUGAGGACCCCAAGAAGCCCGGCGAGAAGCAGCUGGCCUUCCAGAACUCCUGGGGCAUCACCACGCGUACCAUCGGAGUGCUCACCAUGGUACACGGAGACAACAUGGGCCUGGUCCUGCCACCCAAGGUCGCAUGCGUACAGGUGGUGAUCAUCCCGUGCGGCAUCACGGCGUCUCUGCCGGAGUCUGAGAAGGAGCUGCUGCUGGCCCAGUGCUCGCGCUACCUGAGCCGCCUCCAGGGGGCCGGCGUCCGCGUCCGCGCCGACAUGAGGGACAACUACUCGCCCGGCUGGAAGUUCAACCACUGGGAGCUCAAGGGAGUGCCCAUCAGGUUGGAGGUGGGUCCUAAGGACCUGAAGCAGGGCCAGUGUGUGGCGGUGAGGAGGGACACGGGGGCCAAGCUGACGCUGCCCGAGGCCGACACAGAGAAGAGGGUCACACAGCUGCUGGAGGAGAUCCAGAGCAACCUCUUCAACAGGGCGUCUAAUGACCUGAUGACACACAUGGUAGCAGCAGACUCCAUGGAGCAGUUCCAGAAGGAGCUUGACUCGGGCAAGAUUGUCCAGAUUCCAUUCUGUGGAGGAAUUGAUUGCGAGGACUGGAUCAAGAAGACCACUGCCAAGGACCAGGACCUGGAGCCAGGAGCCCCCUCCAUGGGCGCCAAGAGCCUGUGCAUCCCCUUCGAGCCCCUCAAGAAGCUGCAGCCGGGACAGAUGUGCGUGAGCGGCAAGGAGCCAGCACAGUACUACACGCUCUUCGGACGCAGCUACUAACAGCCGCACCACUCCUCUCUCUCACUCCUCCGUCUCUCUCUAGUUCUCUCUCUCCCUCUCUCUGAGAAGAACAGCUGCUCCUUCCUCUCCUCCUUCCCUCCCUUUCUUUCAGAGUAGAACGUCAAGAGGAAGAGCUAACGUAGCACUAACCCCCAGUAAUUGCAUCCCAGGACCAGUGGCUAUGCCCCUAGCAGUGCGCUGCACACCUCCCCUUCCACACAUAUCCAGAUGGGGUGGAGUAAUGUUGCGGGAAGGGGGGGAAAUUUGUGGGGUGGUUGGGACAAAGUAACUUCACUGCUUCUCAACACUUCCAGCUAACCAUCCUUUUCCCUAGAACUCUUGCACCUCCAGCACUACCACUUUUUUUUGGCACAUUAGAGUGUGCCUUUUUCUCUCUCCCCGUCCUUCUUCUCUCUCUCUCUCUCUCUCUCUCUCUCUCUCUCUCUCUCUCUCUCUCUCUCUCUCUCUCUCUCUCUCCCUCCUCUCCUGAUCCCCCUCUGACAACCUCAGGGCUGUACAUGGCAUAUAGCUGGACCACUGUCUUUGGGAUGUAUAAUACUUCCCAUUCAGAGGAGUUGCUGUUACCCACGCUGCAAUAUGUUUUGGUACAACAUUGGAAAAUAACAGUCAGUGUCUGUGUGUCUGCCAGGAAUAUUUUCUCCCCCAUGUCUGUGCCGGGGACGUCCGUCUGUAAUCAAAUGAAAUUAAAUAAAUAAAGGGAUUAUGAAUUUUCA